AAUCGAUUGUGAAAAUUAAAAACCGUUCAGCAACACACAUUUAUGUUGCGAUUGAUGGUGAUUGUUUGCUACUCCACUGCCUCCACUUCCUUUACUUCCUGUUGUUGUUGUUGUUGCUUUUUUUGGGAAUGUUGUAAUGAUUUCUCUCGAUCGGAAUAAACUGAUACGGUUCCAACUCCAACUCGAAACGAUAGGAAGCCCUUCGGCCCUUAAGGUUGAAUGAAGUCGAUGCGUUUUCCCUGCUGCAGCCAACUGCGUACAUCAAUAAAUAAUCAAACGUACGAAAGUGAAUUGAAUUAGUUCGGUUCCGGUACGAAAAAAACAAACCUGCCAACGAAAGGGCAAAGUGAAAACCAAUUAUAGCGAAUCGUGUUUAAAAAGUUGUCUAUUUUUUGUUUUGCUUCAUUUAGAAACGUUCAGCAGUUUUCAUAUCAAACCGAAGGAGGCUUUAAAAUGUCUCAAGUUCUUUAAAUUUUUGAAGUGCAUUUCUUCGUGUGGAUGGAUGUUUAGAAUCUUCAUUCUUCAAUCUUCAAAAUCCCGUCAUAUAUUGGUGUGUAAUGCUCUCUCAAGCUGUAGGCGAAGAAAUUUCUCGUGUUCUAGCUUUUCCAACUCAUCGUGUCAGGUUCUAACGUAUAUUGACUUUACAACUGCUACUUUCAUUUUCUGGAUGUCGGAAGGAUGUUUUGAAAUGUCUAAAGAUUAAUACAAUGAUUAAACUGUCUUUAAGAGUUCAUCUCCAUGUCAAAGGACUUUUAUUACCGUCAUUGUUCAUGUCAGGAACAAUCUCUCAGACGCUAGGACCAUAGAUGUCUGCUAUUCCGAGAAUACACCAGAACUUGGUUCAAUUGGGUCAGAUGUACGCUUCAAGUCCAAAAGAUGCUGGAGUAGUUCCAAUUUAUACGCAUAAGCUGCGUGACAUCAUAUUCUCAAGAUUCUUACAAAUGUGCCAGUAAAAGAAAUUCGAUUGGACAGGUGCCUAGGCUCUUAGACUUUCAGGUUGUUGAAAUCAUGGUAUCGAUGCUAUCGAUAAGGCUACAGGCAAUGCAUUUCAUAGUGAUAGCUCUCAGGUAUGCUUUCAAGAUACUGGAAACAGUGCCUCAGAAGUAACUUCCUCAUGUCCGCAAUCAUCGCAGGCUCCUCGAGUAGAGCGAAUUUCCAAUAGUUCUAAUCCAAUGUCUACAAUCUCUAGUAACAUGUGUACUGCAAGCGCACUUAACAUUCAAGCUUGCUUCAAAACCAAAGAUAUUCAAACUAUCCAACACGAUCCCAUCAUGUGCCGCCUAGGCUGUUGCCUGGUCCUAAGGAGCGGCACGCCACGGUGAACUUUUUCUCUCCCUCGUCUACUGUUGGUGCCGUUUGGACGCGUGCAAGGCUCGUUGUUUGUAAAUAUUUUCCAGCUCCCACACAGCAAACCGCUCGGUCUCACCCAGCCCACUAGCAACUACGGUUCAUCAAACUCCCUACCGUACCGAGGAUAACGCAAGGCGCAGAGGGCCCGAAAAAAGGGAUAAUGCACACGUACGCACCACCGUUGUUGUGCGUUGACGUUCGGUUGUGUAAGGGUGUGUGUGUGUGUCAUGGGCGGUGGAAAAUUGCGCACGCGCUAGGGCUAGCAACACGAGCGAGCAACACACAAACCCCACAGGAUGUGUGGUGGCGUUUGCAUCCGUUUUUGCCGUCAUCACUCUCGCGAGCUGCUCUUGGUGCGAGUUGCUCUCGCGCGUGCUCUCGUAUCCGCUGCUUUUGUACAGCUUGUAAAAAGGGAGUGUUAUCGCGGGUGUGCGUGUUUGUGUACGUGUUUUCCCUCUGUAAGAGCGGCGAGGGCUUUUCCUACCAGCAACCAACCUAACCAGCGGCAGGAUAAUUGUCACUCAGAGCGAACCGAGCCGAGUGUACGUGCAGUGUGAGAGCAGUGCUUGCCCUGCUAAUGUUUUCUUUCUUCUCCCACCGAUGCAGUUUUCAAACCCACCAGGAUUUCCACCACCCAAGCGAAACGUGGCCGUGAGUGAAAAAGGAAAACGGUAGCUAGCAGCAGCAGUGACAACAACAAAACCACAUAAGUCGGUCACGAAAAACUCUGUUGUGCUUCAAAGGUUUGCGAUUUUAUUUGUGUGGCCUAAUGCCUCCCUGGGACGCGCCUAGGUGGUGCAGUGUGAAUGUGCGCGUGUGACCAGUGUGUGGUGCGAACACUAGUGAUGAUUUAGACGCGCCAUCGAAACCGCCCUGCAGGGUCGCCCAGUGCAGUGACGCGGAUGGGACGGCGAGUCCAGUACGCCACCAACGCCGCGCCCCGGUUGCGAACGUCCCGGGCCCCUUUCGAGCCGAUUCCGCCAAGCCGGAAUUGCGGUACGAGCACCUCGCCCCGGACGAAACCACUUCAACCAAACAAACUCAAACGACAGCGUGCAGAAACGGCCAUCAAGCAGCAGCAGCAGCAGUAGAAGACCUGGGACAAUCAACGGGACAGUGGGAACGCGUUGGGACGGGUUGGUCCGAAACAGAAAAGCAACACGUACGCGCCUAGUCUGCGUGUCCCCCAGUGCAGAACGGUGUGUGUGUGUGGGAGUGUGUGAGAGAGAGGUAGAGGAGGGUGGGGGUAAAGUAAAGGAAACCAGACACCAGAGGCUCUCAACACCACGUCCACGGAAUACGGAAGCAAACGACGGACAGCGCAAUGGCAGAGCGUGAUUACAUCGGGUUCGCCACGCUGGCGGAGCAGGUGCACCGCAAAUCGGUGAAGCGUGGCUUCGAGUUCACGCUGAUGGUGUGCGGCGAAACCGGCCUCGGCAAGUCGACGCUCAUCAACACGCUCUUCCUGACCGAGCUGUACGCCCAGCGGUCGGUGCCGCCGGUCGAGCAGCGGAUCGAGAAGACGACCCGCAUCGAGAAGAAGACGCUCGACAUCGAGGAGCGGGGGGUGAAGCUGCGGCUGACGAUCGUCGACACGCCCGGCUUCGGCGACGCGGUCAACUGCGAGGACAGCUGGCGCGUCUGCACGCAGUACAUCGACGAGCAGUUCCGCCAGUACUUUACCGACGAGAGCGGGCUGAACCGGCGCAACAUACAGGACAACCGGGUGCACUGCCUGCUGUACUUCGUGCCACCGUACGGGCACAGCUUGCGCCAGCUCGACAUCGAUCUGCUGCGGCGGAUGCACAAGAAGGUGAACAUCAUACUGGUGAUCGGCAAGGCGGACACGCUCACGCCGAAGGAGGUGAAGGCGCUGAAGGGCCGCAUCCUGGACGACAUCGAGACGCACGGCAUCCAGAUCUACCGCUUCCCGGACUGCGACUCGGACGAGGACGAGGAGUUCAAGCAGCAGGACCGCGACCUGAAGGCCAGCCUGCCGUUCGCGGUCGUCGGCAGCAACCAGGUGAUGGAGGUGGCCGGCCGCAAGAUCCGGUGCCGCCAGUACCCCUGGGGCGUGGUGGAUGUGGAAAACCCCGAACACAGCGACGUGGUGAAGCUGCGCACGAUGCUCAUCUCGACGCACAUGCAGGACCUGAAGGAUACGACGCGCGACGUACACUACGAAAACUAUCGCGCCCAGUGCAUCUCGCAGAUCUCGCAGCAUGCGCUGCGCGAGCGCAACAAGCUGAAGCGCGAAUCGACCGCCUCGAACCACGAGUUCUCCGACACGGACCGGUUGCUGCUGCAGAAGGAUGAGGAGAUCCGCCGCAUGCAAGACAUGCUGGCGCAGAUGCAGGAAAAGCUAAACUCUACCAGCGUUAACGAUUCGGUCAUCGAUGUUUAGUGCGUGGCAGCAGUGGACGUGGAUGUGCUGCCGGACUAGAUUGCAAACCCCCUCUCACCCACUCCAUUCAUACCCGCCGGUCUCUUGGUUCACGUGGCAUUUUCCCUCACCAAAGUAAAAAAAAAACAACCUCCAUACGCAACGACCAAAAAAAAAGUCAGCAGAUAGACAGAUCUUUUUUGUCUUUUGUUUUCCUGGGAGGGAAAAAGGGCCACGUGUUCGUGUUCCAACCGACAAACGGAGACGUUAGAAACGUUGCGAUAGAGAAAAAAGAAACAGAUAGAGAGAGAGAGAUAGAAUGAGAGGAAUGCAAGUGUGUAGACUCGUAGACUUCCGCCUAGUGGCGGGAAAAGCGCUCCGCCAUUCGUAGGUACCGUUCCCGUAGCAAGCGUGUAGCAGCGUUACAGCACACCACAAAUAAUACAAAUUUAGUCGAUUUAACUGGGUAAAAGUAUUCGAAGCCGAAGACGUUAACAUUCGUACCCAGUGACAGGCGCUGGACCGAAGGUGAUCAUUAUUUAGUUGUACCGGGUUUCGGGUGGUUCGCACUGUUGCGCUGGGUAGUUUCCUGGGCUUCGCUCAACGGCAAAGAAGUAGGGUCGGCGACUACUACGAAAACUAUUCCAUUUCCUUACCAACCCGAUUUUCGCGCGCAACAAGCAAAAGCAAACGAAAAAACGCCUUGCAACCUUGGUCCAGCUUACGCGUGAAGCAAACUCGACCAAAGAGAGGAACCACGUGGCCGACACAGGACCACCAAGCACCACGUGUGUCCCCAAAAUAGUAAACUUUGUUGGAUUGCUUGUUGCACCACACCACCGCCGUUCCGUUUUUGGGUCAGUCUGGAAGUCCAGUCACCAGUCCAGAGGGCAGUGCGACCGCCCACAGUGUAAGGAAAGGGCAUUCGAACGCUUGUGUGUGUGGGGCGUUCUUCUCGGAGCGUUAUUUUUCCUUUUGUUUGUUUGUUUGUUUGUUUUGUAAUGUAAUUGUAGGCUUAGAUAUUUGUAUACACGACGGUAGAAUUAAUGCAAUUAUUUAUAUGGAAAUCGGUAGGCGAGGAAGAGUGGACAACUAGGUCCGGAUGUUGCGCACGGUAAGAGGCUUCCGCCCCCGAAUCUCCCCCCCACCUCAGUGCAAGGACCCGGAAAGUGUUUGCAAUCAACCAAAAUCCAAAUGUAAGACAACUCAGUUACCACCACCAAAAGGGGAAGAAAGAAACACAAUUAGUGUGUAUGCAAGUGUGUGUGUGUGUGUGUUAGCGGGUUCGAAGAACCUCACUGGACAAAACAAAAAAGAAGAAAAAUAGAAACAGAAAAGCGCCGCGCGAGACGAUUCAGCAGGGCAGCUGAGGUAAAGGUCGCCGUAAAGCAAUGAAAAGUCAAAGAAAGAGGAAAAAAUGUCACGCGCGCGCCGCCGUUCACGCAAAACUGUUACGGAUAUUAUAGGUUUCGUGUCUUUUUUUCCUGUUUUCCUUUCAGUUCGUUUCAAUUUUUAACACGUGUGUACCAGCCACAGUAUUUCAAGGAAGGGCGCGCGCGCGCUCUCGUGGACAGGAGCUGUUUGAGUGCAGUCGACAAAUUUUCAAAGAUACGCUAAUUUGUAACCAGUCAACGGGGAUGGGAGAUGGGGCAAGGGCGCACAGCACGUGCUGUCUGCUGGGCCCAAGUUUUGCUCUCUAAGCUGCCGUGUGUGUAGUUUUUGAAGGAACGGACGGAAACAAACCCCGUAGAUUCUCUCUACCAGCAAGCUAAGAAAUAAAACACACUCAAUAGAUA